GUGUGUGUGUGUGUGUGUGUGUGUGUGUGUGUGUGUGUGUGUGUGUGUGUGUGUGUGUGUAUGUGUGUGUAUGUGUGUGCGUACAACCAAUGCAGAUGACGCACCCUUGAAACUCAAUAUCUCGAUAACUAACAGCGUGCGUGCGUGCCAUGCGUCUUGAACAGGUGGUGCUUCAUCAGGAUGCGUCCCAGCGUCCGUUUCCGCGUGCCGGUCUCAUGCUCACCGGACGUUGCCCACAGGUCGGCCUGGAGCCCGUGCGACACGAACGGGGAGCAGCAUCGGGAGCGCCGCUGCCGGGCUGAGUCCGAGUCCGGGGUAUGCUUCGGCGCCCGUCGACAGGACCGGCUCUGCGUCCAGACGAGCCGCCAACUCUCGCAGCCGGCGCCAGCCUUCCAGGUCAGCGGCGGCCACAUGAUCGCCGCGUGUAUCGGCUGCUUCGUGACCGGAGCGAUCCUGGCGGCGGCCGGCAUGUACUUCUGCUUGUCCCGGCGCCGCCAGGUUCGCAUCAAGUCGUCUAAGUACUACAGCAGUCCUCAGCCUCAACUGGCCGAGCCCAACCCCUACGUGGCCAUACGAGACGUGCACGGGGUGCACGAGCUGGCUGAGCUGAAGAACAACAGUCACAAGGAUAGUGCGGCCAAGUACGUCGGCCUGCCCCCAGUUGGGUUCAGCGACGACGCGUCCACAGUGGGGCGCAGCGGCAGUGGUCGCUUCGAUUCAGAGCUCAGCUCAGAUGACGACGCCGGGGGUUGGCCUGGAUUGUGACGUCAUCUGCUGAUGACGUGGGAGAGGGUUGCCGGUCACUGCGCAGUACAAACUUUGGAGCUGUAAUGACAUUUUUAGAGAGAAUGCGUUAUUUUCGGACGACUUGGUGAAUAUUUUUGUUAGGCAGGUACGUGCUAUCUCAACUUAUCGAGAAAGGAUACAUUUCACAAAAUGUGAUAGGACUGUAAUAAUUCACACAGCGAUACUUCUGCGGAUGAUAUGGUCCAGAAACGCUGAGCCGCGUAACCAUCGAGUCAAAACCUGAGCGAUUGAUGGUCGUGUCAAGUCCGGAGAAGAGAAUGGCUGCAUUGUGCGGUGACUGGAUUGUGCCAAGGAUGCAAAGAAUGAUCCUUUUAGGCGCGUAUGACGUUUUUAUCGGCCCAAAUCCGCACUGCAAGAAAAAUGCGCGAUAACACUACCCGGCAGUGAUUAGUGUGCUUAUGCUUGGGUAGUUAUGUCUUGUGACUGGAUGACUAUUGCAGCAUAGGUAUAACAAGAGGCGCGGGUGAGCACAGCCGUCUUGGCCGUGACCGCAGCAUUAUGGCAUAGAAAUAGCUGGAGCUUCACAACGACGGUUGCGGGUCCGGAGACCAAAUCUCCCCCCAAAAGGUGGAGGCUUUUGCUGAUUUCAGCGACUUUGGUGAACGUUUCGUGAUCUUGAUCACACGUUGAGGGAGCCGAAACAGACAUGAUGAGGGUUUAGGCCCUUCAUCGAUGCAAAACUUUGUCCAGGGGCAUGCAUACAUGUCCGUACAUCGACGAUGCUCUACCAUGCAGAGUACAUCGGUGGUUCCGCCGCGAACUAAGCGCUUGGGGACAUAAAUUGUGUAAUGCCUUUCUUGCCAUGCAGCGCCACACUAAUCGCAUAAAAAUCCUCAGAAAGUUCAGGAUUCCCCCCCCCCCCGUCCCCUUCUGUUGCGCUCGCGGAGUAUAGGAUCCCGCGUUCAGCUGAUAGCUGUAGGCUUCACGCACGCAAACCUAUAAGCCUGCAGAAACAUCUGUUGCUGAAGAUAUGAAUGUGUCUUUAAUGGGCAUGCUUUGGCUUACUUAAUUAUAUGAUGUUGCUUACCCGAGAACGGAAAAUUUCAUGAUCUGCCAUGCCAGCGGCUGAAGUAGGCAUGUCCCUACAUUUUCCACACAAGCGUGACGAACUAUGCUACGCAGCCCGGCUGUGCACUGCCGUAGUUUAGCGACUUAGGUGAACCCCGUACCCACAAUCGUCACGGCUGCGCAUUUUGAAACAUUGGUUUAGUUCCGCAUGACCGCAUGAAAAUACACCACGGGAGUGGAGCAAACAAUUUAAAACAACUGUCUGCCACAUUACGGGUAAAUUAUGGACCACGUGUUGGUAGAAAAUCACCAGCAAAUGCGAUCGGUCUAAUAGAUCCGUAAAAUCAUCGUCGGCUCUCAAACAUAGAAAUGACCAAGAACAAGGGCGUAGUUUUUCAAGAUGUGCUGGGAGGAGGGACCGAAUAGCGAAAAAUGACUCAAACUAGCCCGAAAAACACCAACAAAUGGAUCCUUACCCAGAUUGGGGCCGCUCUCUUCUCGAAGUUGUCGGGCAGUUGGCAAUAUGGCGUUUCAUCUCAGACAAAUGCUCUGAUUUACGUACAGUGCAGGGGCGCAGCCAGAGCGUUGGCAACGCAUGAGGAUAGGAUGUGGGGAAGGAUGGAGGAAUGGCUGACAAAGGGCCCCGCUGAUGGUGAAAGACCCCUCCCCAAGAAAAAAUGGCAACAAAUUUGUGGUUAUAUGGCCAACUCUUGUUUGCCCAGUAAUAUUCAGUAUUCAGACAGAACAGAUCAGGGAUAGAAGUCAUGUGACGUUGUUGAUAUAGGGAUAGAAGUCAUGUGACGUCAUGUGAAGAACGGACUAGCAUUUACAGUAACGCGAAGUAGCGUUGGAAUCUGGAGGUGGAAAUGGAAAAGUAAAGGAAGAAUCCACAUUUUUCGUGUUUCCGUAACUUUUAUCUGUGCAGAGAACAGGCUCAAAAUUGCACAUCUAAAUAUGAUACCCUCCGGUUUGAUCUUUCAUCAGCUUUGGAAGCAGCUUUGUUGAACAGCCUUGAAUGGAUUCAUUUUGAGACUUUCGCAAACAUUAUUUCACGAACCGCCAUUCAGUCCAGUCUCCCGCCCACACUCCAGCGCAACUUGUGCUCCAAACUCCAUAACUUCGAUAAGAGAAAAAGGCUUAAAUCCGGCGAGAAGCUCGCUCGAUGGUAUUUUUUUUCGAACUUGGUUGAACUCGGCCAUUUCCCAGUUUGAGAGCCAGUGGUGACUUUACAAAUGUACUUUACCGAUUGAAACUGCUGGGGGCUUCAAGCCUGCGCGUAGUCCGCAAUCCGCCCGUAAUGUGACAGGCGGCAGUUUUAGGCUGUUUGCGCCACGCCUGUGUGGUAUUUUCAGGGGGUCAUGCUUA